UCUCCAACCGUCAAGCGCUCAUCCUUCCCUCCUCUUUGCUCGUUUUGGCGAUUCCGACUCCGACAGACCGACAGUACAGAAAAUCGCCGCGGCGUCCGUCCAUCUGCGGCGACCCUUGACUUCCCCUUUCUCUACCCUCCACAGAACUCACAACCCAGCCAUCCGCUGAUCUCAACUGCUGGUUCCUGGGCAACCCCCCGAUCCGGCUACGAUGGAGGGCGGCGGCGACGCCUUCGGGUCCUCGACGGCGCCGCUGGCCUGGCACGACUUCCUCGAGCGCAUGCGCCAGCCCUCCGCCGCCGAGUUCGUCAAGUCCAUCAAGAGUUUUAUUGUGACAUUCUCAAACAGAGCUCCUGAUCCAGAGAAAGAUAGUGCAUCUGUUCAAGAGUUCCUGGAAAACAUGGAAGGUGCUUUCAGAGCCCACACUCCUUGGGCUGGCAGUUCAGAGGAAGAACUAGAGAGUGCUGGUGAGGGACUUGAGAAAUAUGUUAUGACAAAGCUGUAUAAUCGGGUAUUUGCUUCGGUCCCUGAAGAUGUGAAGAGUGAUGAAGAGCUUUUUGAGAAAAUGUCUUUGCUACAGCAGUUUAUAAGGCCCGAAAACUUGGAUAUAAAACCAGAGUAUCAGAAUGAAACUUCUUGGCUGCUCGCGCAGAAGGAGCUGCAGAAGAUAAACAUGUUUAAGGCUCCAAGGGAUAAGCUUUCUUGCAUCCUAAACUGCUGUAAAGUCAUCAAUAACUUACUGCUGAAUGCUUCUAUUGUAUCCAAUGAUAAUCCCCCAGGAGCUGAUGAAUUCCUUCCAGUCCUCAUCUAUGUUACCAUAAAGGCUAAUCCUCCACAGCUGCACUCAAAUCUGCUAUACAUACAGAGGUAUAGACGGCAAACGCGAUUGGUGUCAGAGGCUCAAUACUUUUUUACAAAUAUACUGUCUGCUGAGUCUUUCAUAUGGAACAUUGAUGGCGAAUCACUGUCUAUGAAUGAGCUAGAUUUCCAAAGGAAGAUGGAUUGGGCAAGGGAGCGCUUGUUGGGAUUAUCAGCUGACUCAGAAAAGCAGGAUAAUCAAGCUAAUCCUGAUUUCCAAGAACAGAGAUCACAAAAUCUUAAAGCUUAUAGGAGUUCUGAUGUCAGCUUAUCCUUGAAAGACCCUGUCCAGGGCUCUGGACAGGACAUGAGAAGGGACAGUGAUGUGAGUGUGAGUGGUAAACCAGUUGAGCGGGUGCAAUCUAUUUCUGAUUUAGAGAAGAAAGGAGCUACGGAGCUCCUCAAUGAUGAUGACUUGAACAGAAAAUUCCAGGAGUAUCCGUACCUAUUUGCCCGUGCUGGUGAUCUGACUAUUGCUGAUGUCGAAAGCCUUUUAAAUUCUUACAAGCAACUGGUAGUUAGGUAUGUGGCACUUGCGCAAGGUAAGGGUGUCAGCCCUGAAACCAUUCUUGCUCCGAGCGGGCAAACAGCAUCUGAUCUUGCAGUAUCUGAGGAGCCUGAAAAUGUGAAUAGUGUGGUAAAUAAUAACGAAAACAGUGAAGGAAUUAGUAAAACUUCUGAUGAUGUUACAAGUGAAAACCAUCAUUCAGAAGUAGUCGACACAGAUGUAUCUGAACAAAUGACCCAGAAAACUGCUGUUGACUCCAGUGAUGAUUCAAAGGUAUCAAAGGAUGAAGCAUCACAUCAGCCUGAGAAUGCAUGACCUGUUUGGUCAAUGCCGGGAUGAACUGGCGAUACAUGGGGAAAGUACUCUGAAGUUCAUAUACUCAGAGAUGACAAUGAUCACGAAACAGAGUGCCCAUUUCCCCGGAGCAGUACGCAGAAAGCAUCUCUUGGAGCCACAAAUGUGCAUGCUGGAAGCUUGAAUGAAGAUAUUCAACAUUUGUGGGAGAUUGAUCCAUUCUGCUGAAGCUGUUCUUUUCUUAGAUCCAAAUGUUUGUUCAUUGCAUUGUAGGUCUUAUCUCUGUUGUAAGGUUAUUUUGUGGUGAACACACCUUUCUUUUCUUCUGUAAACUAAUACUUUUGUAACAAGAAUUUCUUAAGUGAAGCUAGUUUAUACCAAAAAUUAUAUUCAAAGGGAACAAUAUUAAAA